UGCAGCAAGCAUGCAUGCCAGCUCCGCUCUGACAGCGAGCUGCUAAAGAACAACGUGUAAUUUGAUACCAAAACACGGACGGCGCACAUAUUGCACCUGUGCAUACAAUAUACCAGGAAGUCGAGUUUUGGUAGUGUUCCGCGAAAUUUUGGAAAUCAUGUUUGACAUAAUUUCUCACGUUUGGACCAAUAUGGCACAUCCCAAAGGAUUUCUAGCGGCAGUGCUGCUAACUUAUUGUCUGUGUUUGAGCGAUGUCGCCGCCGUCUCACGGACCGUCGUGUUCCAAGGGAACUCGGCCGAGCUCGAAUGCCAAGUCGACGACGCCGUCAUCACCAUCCAUUGGAAGAAGGGUGACGACAUCGAUAUAGCGACCACAGUGGCGUCUUUCGUGGACGGUGUCCGAGAGGGAAGCGACGGUGGUCGUAUUUCGAUGUCUUCGUCCAGAUCAUUGGUGAUCAACGAUGUCGAUAUAGCGGAUGAAAGCAUGUAUUAUUGUAUUGUCACGUUGACGUCAUCGAGCAAUGAUAUAGUGAUUGAAGCCCAGUUAGAAGUUGCAGUACCUCCAGCAGAGCCGUACCCUACCAUAGCUUUACUCCAACCCACUUCAUCGCCAUCCGCAAACGCAUCUUGCCAAUACACCAUACCACAAGGCACCCAAUACCGAUUAUCAUGCGAGGUAGCUAGCUUCAGGCCGUCUGUCGAGCUUGUCUGGUUCGUUAACGACGUAUCUGAGGGCGGAGCCCCGCUGAAGUUUGCGGACAAUCCGGACGGGACGAGGGAUGUGUAUGGUAGCCUCGACGUGACAAUGGGUGUUUCGAACAUGGAUGUCAGAUGUGAAGUGAGCGGUGAGGCGGUGCCGGGCCCACCCCAGAUAAUGACAGCGUUGGUCUGUUGGGCCCCGAGCACCAGCGGUGGAAGCAAUACCACAACCAUUAUCGUCGUAGUAGUUAUCGUCAUUGUAUUAAUAGCAGUCGUCGUAGGGAUUGCAUUAUGGAUGAAAAUAUUGAUAAGAGACACAAUGGUACGAUCAAAUUACAGUAAAACAGCGAGUGCUGACGACGAUACACCAUCUCGAAGCCGCAUGUCGAAUUUCUGCCACAUCUGCUGUGCGACCUGCUGCCCGUGUACGGUGCGGGAAGAUGAAAUCGAUGCCGAGACGCAGAGGAGAAAAGGGGCAUCGUCAUCGCACUCGAAGGAGGAGAGAGCGAAGAAAGCGCCCUCAGCAGCGCUAAAAGCAAGAAUCCAACAAAAUCGGAAGAAACAAGAAGGAAAGUCUGGAGCGGCUGCAGAAAGUAAUCACGUGCCUUCCGAUAAGCCGACUGAACAUUCACCUAUGCUAGAAAACCCAGAUGAGACGUCAACUCCGAUGAAUCCUAAACCUCCUGGUGCGAGGCCUAAAACGAGACCCAUUGAUGAUGCCUCAGUUGUUAUUAGAGUUCCACAUCAAGCACCGCAAAGUCUAGUAGAGACGAACGGGACAGCAGCGGGCGAGGCAGAGACGGGCUUCUGAUAGAAUGAAGUACCUCGCCGAUUGAAAGCAUCCAUUCGCCACUAUUAAACAGUACUUUUAUCAAGGUCUAUACAUGCUAUUAUGGUGGAAUGGAACAAGCCUUAGUCGAUGUUUUGCGACCGAUUUGACAAGGCAUGAAUCCGCUGGAAUUUUUUUGUACACAGAUGGCGUGGUAUAAUGCCUCCUACAGAUUUUGUUCCAAGUACAUGGACGUGACGUGGCUUACCGCCUCAAGAAUAUCGCCGUGGCAAAAUCGUAUAAAGAAAGCAUGAACUAGAAUUAAAAUGUCCGCUGAUCGACUCUUUAUUACUAGAACGACAAAGGGUUCCAUGAUUCAAAUUAAAUAUUUUGGACAUCCAACUUAGACAAGUAGUGAGCGAAUUCGUAGUGAUGGUAUAAACAUGAGCCAAGAAACAUUAGGGACACCACAUUUGCCAAGUCCAUUAGCAAAACACGCUGUAACUUAGGUCCUCUUUUGAAGUUGUGCCCCUUUCAGACUAGGCGUAAUCUUGGUGGAAAGGACUGCGUCAGCCUUCGUCAGCCAGCGACAAAAGCGGUCUUUGACGCAGCUUGUGAGUGUCAUUAAACAAAAGGUGAACGCAAUUGAACCUUAAAACCACUGCGCUAAAUUUAUGGUGAAUACAUUCACAGACAGGUACUGGCGCAAAUGACGCCUUGCAUGCAAGCGGCAUUAUGUCAUUUGUUUUAAUGCUUGCGCCAAACUGGAUGGUUUGGCUGGCAUGACCAGCCUGACUUGCCUGCGUUUCAAAAAUCUGAUUUUGUCCAGGGCCCCGUCUUAUAAAGAGUUGUCGUUGAUCCAAAUCAAUCGCA